AUGUCGCUCUCAAGUGGAACUUUCGCGCUGCAGACGCUGGAGCUGAAGCUAGAAGAGUACAAGCGCGAUCAUCCUGAUGGAGCAGCCAACAGCGGCCUUCUCACGCGCGAGCUGGCGGUGUGUCAGCCGCAGGUGCAAGGAGCAAGCAACGCUCUCUUCUUCCCUUGCGGGGCCAGUCAAGACUUUGUGUUUGACCGCCACCUGUCAAGGAGAGACGGUAUCCUCGAUGAUGCAGAGAAUCUAUCUCAGGUGGUGGAAGACUUCGAUGCUGUCAUGCUGAUCGAGAGAUGGGUGGGCAAGGCUGACGGCUGGAUCCACUGGCUGUACACGUACCGCAGCAUUGCCAAGACCUUCUCUCAGAGCAACCCGGACUAUGCGAGUCACAUCAACAUGCUCAAGUCGACAGUCCACAAGCUGAAGGAGCUCCACACGUUUGUGCUGUCGUGCCUGCAAGACGCCGUGGUGAAGCAGUUCCAAGCCUUGCUGGAGCAGAAGAACAAGGACCAGGCGUGGAACGAGGAGAGACUGUGGGCUAUCAUCAAGAUCCUGGAUAAGUUGUUUGUGAUCGACGUGCUCAAGGACAUGAAGCCCAGCCUCAACAACGACUACUCGAGCUGGAGGAGAGGCCUCCAGGCCCUGACAACGGACAACAGGCAGUUGCUCAACAAUGACCUGUUUUGCGAUCAAGAUCUGUCUCAUUACCUUGCAAACAAGUCCAACCUUGUCAAGAUGCUCACCGGAAGUAUCUUUCGCAUCCGUCUUGCCAAGCUCUUCUCGAUGAAUGUGACGGUGCAGCUGCUGCGCCUCUGCCUCCAAGUUGCGAGGAAGCAGUUCGAGGAGGUCGGAUGGUUUGGUCUCAACAGCAGGCACGUCGCGCACAGGGUGAUAUCCCUCUGUCUUGUGAUGCUGGGAGAAGACGCGGCCGAAGUCGCCAGCGUGAUGGACGGAAGUAAAGGAUACAAAGAGGUCAAGGCCGGGAGCCUGGUGAAAGAUGCCGUCGACUUCAUCACGUCCUACCCCGUCUGUCCGGUGUUUGGCGACAUGACGAGCGAAUGCAUGAACGUCGUCCGUCUCGCACCCGGCGUGGAAGCGCUUGGGAUCAAACUGACGGACGUCCAGGACCUGAGCAAGGGGAAGUCAGAGAAGCUGUCCGAGAGAUACUCGAUCACAGGCAAGCUGGACAUGGCAAGAAGGAACAUCUAUGCUUCCUGCUGCCAGCUGGAGGAGAUGAAAGCUUCAUUCUUCCAGUCCAAUACCUCGAGAAAGUUCUCCCCCUCGGAGGACCAGGAGAUCUACACCAAGGUCGUUGGCUGGUUGCAGAUGGUGGAGGAGUGGAAGGAGUGGAUCCUGGAGCAGUCGGCCAUCAAGUAUAGCUGCCCGCAGAAAGAUGAGAACGCAGGCUCGGAGAUCUAUCCGACCGAGGAGGACAAGUUUCAGCAGUACAAGAGAGUGGUCACUAACAACUACUCUGCUACAGACAAGUCCUCCCUUCUCGAGCUCAUCUCGAUGAUCAAGAGCUUCGUGAGCAGCCUGGAGGAGCUCCUGCCCUUCCUCGUCCCAGCCAUGGCCAGGACCUGCCACUGGCGCACACAGGAGGUUGUUGUGGGGGCAGUCGGGCAAAUGGUCAGAGACCUGCAGGAGAGGGGCAAGAAAGAGAUGGCCGAGCUCCUCCUAGUCAUACAGCAGUAUGCUGCCGACUGGCACGCGUCAGGUGGGCAGGACGGCCGGGCUGUCAUCAUGCCUCUAACGGCCCGCAAAGACUCUGUCAUGUCCCAGCGAUCGUCAGGGCCAGGCUAUCCUCUCCUCCUCCUCCUCCGAUCGAUCUGUGGGGUGGUGCUGAGGAGGGCGGAGCAGCGCAAGGGAGGGAUGUUCUCAAAGGCGGAGCUGUCAAAGGAGCAGCAGAAGACUCUCAGCAUGUGGAUGACGGAGAGCCGGUCCUUCCUCACUAUGCAGAACCUGCCCGAGUGUCUAGCAAGCCUGUCCGACCUGAGCUCGCUCUACCUCCGCGAGCUCUUCCUCGACAUGACUAAGCAGGUGCAAUUCCCUGCCUCCAUCAACCUGCCCUGGAUGUUGUGCUCGUUCCUCCUUGGCACAGAGAAGUUCACCAAGAAUCCCAUCUCCCACGUCUUCAUGCCCCUGCAUAUCUACGAUGACGCUGCUCGCUUCUCCUUGAACGUCCUCCGCAGCAAGCACCUGUUCCUCGAGAUCGAGGCGGAGGCUCAAACUUGCCUCGACAAGCUGCUCAGCUCCCUCGCUCGCAAGAUCUACGCUCACUAUCGCCUCCUCGCCGCCUCCCACCUCUUCCCUGACCUCGUUCCCCCGCACAAGGUGGAGGACAACCCGUUCAUGCGCGUUAAUCUUAAGGUCAAGCAUGUCAAGCUGCUCGGCCGCUCGGUGGACCUCAGCUCGCAGCUGAGCUGGAGGGUGGAAGACCUUCAGCGCACGUCCCUGUGGUACGCUCAGAGCAGGUUCGAAGCGACGGGCCUCAGUGGGAUUCUCGAGCUGGAGGCGCUGGUUAGGACAAGUCGGUUUGCGCACGCGUACCUGUCGGAGGACGGACUCCAGCUGACGCCGUUCGAGGAGGUGUGGCAGGACGUUUGCGAGGGGCUGAGGACGGGGCUAGCGGGCAACAGGAUCGCUCGCUACUGUGUGGGUCAGAUCCGCGCGCACCUGCUGCCGUGCAUGUACUUCGAGGAGCGGUCGCGAACGUUCGUGGAGUCGGAGCUGGAGAUGGACUACGAGGACACGGAGGGCCACACGGACUCGAGGAAGCAGAUGAGGCUGUUGAAGAAGCACCUUGAGAACACUCACCCCGACCUCAAGCGCGACAAGUACGCCCUCCUCUUUGGCUCUCGCUUGGCCACCUCGCGCAUCCUCGCUGCGCUCAAGGGCCGGGGGACGUUCGGGCGACAGCACGCGACGGCGAUGCUGCAGGUGAUGGGAGAGGAGAACGUUUCGCUGCUGCUGGAGGCCUCGACCAACCAGCUGCAGGGGCUGGUGCGGGAGGGCAUCAUCCCCUACCUCUCUAAGAUCGCUGCCGUCGGGCUUGACGCCGACAUGAAACUCCCUAGCGCACGAGACUACACGGUAGAGGGAGUGAUGGGCUACUUCGAAGACGCCAAGCUCAAGGACGUCGCCUCCUACCCACCCCUCCGCACGGGCGUCAUUCAGCAGUUCAGAGAGCUGGGAAACAUGCUCUGCUUCGCUGACCUGCUCGACGAGGCCCUCGCUGCUCUGCUCCUCUCUUCCGGCCGGCAGGUCAGGAACUUCGUGCAGAGCAAGACGGAGGCAGUGAUCGAGGAUAGCGCAAGGAGGCUGCAGACGUCGGGGGUCUUGGGGGAGGAGGCGCAGCUGCAGUCGAAAAGGCUGACAGGAAUAGCAGGACACACGAGGUCGGUCUCGGAGCUGUCGGAGCUCUCCUCCAAGCACGUCUCCCUCCUCCACAACGUGCUUGCAAAGCUUGACCAGUUCAUCGCCAACGCCAAGUUGACGUGGAUGGGAGGGAAGGACUACGACGGUGUGCCAGGAGCCGUGCUGCCUCUCCCCCCCUGGCACCUGCUCUCCUCUUCCUCCAAGGAUGUAGAGUUCCACUGGGUCUGGAGCAGCCUGACAUUCCUCCUCCUCGUCAAGUCCUGCAGGUCACCGGGCGAGUGGCAGUUCGGGGACGGGCUGCAGUGGGCGGGCUGCGCGAUCAUGCAUCUGCUGCGGCAAGAGCAUCGCUACCUCACCUUCUCCAUCCCCUCCCACAUCCUCAAGGAGGCGCAGCAGGACAGAAACCUGCCAGAGCUGGGGAGCGAGGUUGUCAAACUCUUCCUCCAGCGGGCGGAGACCUUCCUGGGCAUCGACAAACAGAUCUUCGACCGCCUGCGCGCGGUCUGCCCUCCUCCUCCCAAACCCGCCGUCAAGUUCUUCCCUCCCUCUCAGGACUUCGUCUACUCCCGCCCCAAGGUCUCCAUUGACCCUGUAGACGCCGAAGCCCCGCAGCUUGCUCCAACUCGCGCUGCAUCGCAUGUGGAUGUUGUCAAGUCAAGCGUGCAACCUACGGAAACCUCCAGCCCCUAG